AUGAGAUUCUUGCGAUGGGAUCGUGCUCUGAAGCUAUGCAUGGACAAGUCUGGCAAGAACAGAUGGGACAGCGAUCCCAUGAUCCUGAAUCAAGAGGCCCACGAGCUGCCCGUCGAGAAGCAGCGCCAGGCUUUGGACUUUGUGGAAGAUGCCUCGGACGACAUGCGCACCAAGUUGGCACCGAUGUGGAAAUACUGUUUCGUCCAGUGGCACAUCUACGACGCCGGAAUGGAGGCAACUGAGAAGGGCACUCCCGUGGCAGUGAUGCUGAGAGAUCCAGACCUCCGCGCCGACGUGGAGACCCUGCGCGUGCUCUGCGACAGCGGGGACUUGGAGAGCGCCUCGACCUCAGAGGAGUGGAUGUGGAAGCUCUUGGACCCUCUUCCCGAGCAGGGCACGUUGCCGAGUGACGAAGUGACGAAGUUGAUCCAGGACGGCAAAGAGGAACGUCACCUCGGAGUCGUCGCCUUCAAUGAGGAGCGCUUCGACAAGGCUUUGUGGCACUUCUGGCAGGGCCAGAAGCUCUUGGCGACCGCACCUGGGGGCGGCCCGGUGGCGAAGCUCCGGUCGGAGCUUCUCAAGAACCGGUCGGCGGCCGCGCUGAAGCUCGGGCUGCCGCGCGGCGCGCUGAGCACGGCGAACGCAGCCCUGGGCAUCAACCAGGGAGAUGAGAAGGCCUGGUAUCGGAAGUACUGCGCCCUGCAAGCCCUGCAUCGCGACGGCGAGGCCAAUCAGGCGCUGGCACGAGCCGGACUUACGCCGCCACCGGCCAAAACAGCGGCAAAGAAGACCACAACAAGAACAAGAACCCCGGCGCUGCUGGACAAAAAGAUCUCGAAGCCCAAGGAGCUGGAUCCCAGCCUCCUGAGCCUCUUUGAAGACCUGGUCUUCAUCGAGAUCGGCGUAGAUUCCGUGCUGGCAGUCUGCUUUGCAGCUUGGCUGUGGUCUGUUGUACAGAAGAGACGAAUGAACAAGGUGGACCUGGUGCGUCAUCUGCAGGCGGAGCUCCCGGACACGCAGCUCUCCCUCAGCCUGAUCUACGACCGUCCUACUGUGCGCGAGACCAUCAAUGAGCUGAUGGGCAGAAUCAACGCGAAGAAAGGCGAUUAUCUUCGCCGGCGCAUGGCAAGCACCGUGUGGAGGGCCCUUUGCGAUGCCCUGGGCAAGGAUCCGCUGAAGCAGCAGAGACUAGCACGUUCCCGGCCGCUUUACACCGAGAUCCAGGCCAUUGACAUCCUUUCGGACCUGCAGAAAGCCUACGAAUCACCCAGCUUCGUGAAGGCCGCCGCGGAGAUCGCCCGACAGUCGGCAUUCGAGCAGCGGUCCUUCCUGAUGAACCUCAGGCCGAAGGCGCUGGAGCUGCAGAAGCCCAUCCUCAGGCGCCUGGGACUUCCCGUGGACUCCCAGGGCCUCCGGGACUUGGAAGCUGCCUUGAUCAACACGGCGCGGCAGGCGCCGGCGGUGCGGGAAAAGCUUCGGAUGGUGCGCAUGGCCCAGCAAGGUGGGGACAACGGCAUGUGGACCAUCAACGUGGAACAGAACCCGUGGUGGUCUGACAGCAACUCCAUGCAGCUGCGAGCCGUCUUUACCAAGUCCGACCCCUUCGGUGCAGCUCACAUCAACACCAACGCGGUGCCGGUGAACUGA